AUGGGCGCAGGGUCAUGGAAUGAGUCUGAAGAUCAGAUUCUGCGAAAGGAAUUCGCUCGACAGGGUACUGAAAAUACCUCGUGCACGACUCGCUGGGAUGCGAUAGCCCGCUGUCUACCCGGCAGAACCAGUCGCGACGUCCGAAAGCGCUGGGUCAAUGUACUGGAGAACCAGUUUAACAAAGGUGCAUGGACUAAGAGCGAGGAUGAUCGACUACGGAUCGCAGUCCAGCUGCAUGGAACGAGAUGGGUGAACGUCGCCAAAGACGUUGGUACCCGUAGCGCAGACCAAUGCUCGAAGCGAUGGAACCAGCAUCUCGAUCCAGCUCUCGUGCAUUCGCAAUGGACUCAAGAUAAGGCUGUAUUGGCCUCUAUCUCCGAUGCACCCCCUUGCUGCCAGAAUGCAGUAACUUGCUCGCAAGACACUGCGAUACCCCUCGGAAUCAUGACUCCAUUAUCCGAUACAAGACUUUGGAAUCUUCGGUCGGUCCCAUGGACUCCUGAAGUUUCAGAGACUAUGGAAGACUAUACUAUUCCUGGCGUGGGGUCCCCCAGCUCGAACUUCUUCUCGUCUCAGCUCGAUAUUCUAGGCUUGUCCCUUCCUUCUGAUACAACCUUGAAUUAUUCCACAGUUUUCGACCCUGGGACUAUUCAAGAAGCACAGGAUACAUCCAGCCCCGGAGAUGAAGACCCAAGCCACGCAGGCCCUUCCUCUUUGGCCUCUUCACCCCAGGAGGUCUCACUGGUCAUUCAAAAUCCCGACGAAAAUCUAAUCACUCGCAUGGUACAUGAGUUGGUAACAGCAAAGGUAGAUUUCAAAGUUGUGCAGGGAUCAACUUAG